GAAGCCCUCCGCGCUCCUGUCUGUAAACAUUACCGUCUGCCUGGCUAGCGUCUCCUGCCGCCCGUCCGUCCGUCUAGCUGCUGCUGUCUCUACUGCCUCUCUGACUCGCUAAACGAACAAUAUAUAAUUUAACAUGCAAGAAUAGUGAUCUCAACGACAUAGUCAAUUCAUGGUGUUGACAUAUGGUGAUUUCAACGCAAACACAGAGAGGAAUCCACUAUCGGUAUGUUCAACGCGUUUGAAGUGCGGUUCAAUUUUAUUAUUAAUCGAUUGUGGUCGGUGACUUGAACUUAAUUACAAAAGUGAUUCCUAUCAAUUAAAUGAUUUUAACGAGAAAACUGAUUUCUACGUAAGUUUAAAGAAAUUAAUAAAAGUAUUUAAAUAGGAUCUAAUCGAUAAAUAAAUUGUAAAUCUAACGUGAUGAAUAUACUACUGUUUGUUAUUCAGAGAUAGUAUUUUGUGGGACAGAUUAAGUGAAUUCAACACAUUAACAGAUUAGCAUUCAGAUAUUCAUCACUGGAACUGGUGACAUUGUGUGAGACGUGUGUCCGAGCAGCAAUGGCAACUAUGUUGACUUCAAGAAGAUCUGCUCUCUGCUUCAUCUUUUUCUGUUAUUGCAACGUGGUUGUGUUGGCCAGCCUUGGUCCUGAGGCGGGGUCCAGUUUAUCAAAUAGUAAUGAUGCUGAUAUUCUGCAUCCCCGGCUUCAAGAAAGGAAACCUUCGCUUCCAGAAGGAAGCUCUAGCUCAAUGAACUUCAUAUCGCCUUACUACACACGGGAGGAAAGCGACCAAGAACCAACGGAAGAUUUCCCUGACGAAGGAGACCGCGUGCUCACUUGCAUCUUCGCGUCUGUACCGCUCAUCGGAGGGAAAUGGCUAAUGAAUGCGGCUCAAAAGAUCUUUUCUGACAAGACGCUGUUAGAGGCGAGCCUCGGUUUACUUGAAGGUGGAGAACUCAUAGAGACGUUCAUUGAUUUAGGGUCACGUUCAGCUGCUUCGAGGCUUCUCAAAGCCGUUGGUAACUGCUUCGACAGCGUGAACAUCGACUAUACCGGUGAACCGCACUCGAAACCCUCUGAGACUUCGAUCGACACCGACAACGAUACCCAAAAUUAUUUCUCGAAUGCAACUGAAAGUGAGAGAGCAGGGAGUGCAGGAACCACCCCUCUCCCUCACUCCAGGACGACUACCUCAUCUCCCAAUCUCCCUCACGGGAGAAGGCGGCGCUGGCUGAUUCAGCAGGGAGGCUUCGGUUCUGACUCCUUAAUAGGCUUCAACCUUCUAGGCCUCCUGGUGGUUGGGGCUCUCAUUACCUAUCUUGUGUACCUCCUUAUCUAGCGCCCCUUACCUUCUAAGGGGCCUUAUCAUCUAGAUAUUUUGCCCCUUAAGUGGUGUUCAAUGAUACUCUUGACUCCUGAGUCAAAAGCCUGACCUUUGAACCUUAAACCCACAAGUAGCUAAUGUUAACUACCCUGUACCUUGAUAUAUUUCUGGGUCUAAAGUUUAACUGCUAUAUACCAUUUUGUAAUUAUUUUCCA